AUGUUCCGCUGCGUCAGCAACAAGUGCAUCUACGACGUACACUACGCCGACAAGACACAUUCAGCAGGCUGCCUCGCAAGGGAGACAUUUGUGCUCCCGUCGAGGCAGGCCGGCAGGCUGACAGCCAUCCAGAGCCUGGCAUUCGGUAAGUCGAAUGAGACGUACCCACACGACUUCUUCUUAGGGGCCGGAUACAUUGGCGGGAUUCUGGGAAUGGGCAGGGGGAAGCAGUCGUUCGCCGUGCAGCUCGCCAGCAUGCUCGGCAACCGUUUCUCGUACUGCUUCCCCCCGGUGACGGAUCUUUCUCCCAGCUACCUACGGUUCGGCGAUGAUAUCCCACCGACCGCCGGCCUGAAGACGGUACCGUUCGUGCCGAGCAGGACAGACGUCUCGCACUACAACGUUGCCCUGACCGACCUCAGUUUCAACGGCCGGCGCAUGCGGUUUAACUCGGGUGACUUCGGGGCCCAUGGGUGCGCAAUGGACUCGGGUGCGACGUUCACGAUGCUGCCCAGGCGGGCCUACAACAGAGUCGAGAACACGAUGAUUGAUUACUUCAGCGGUUUUCCGCAUUUGCAUAGGAUAGAGAACUCGACGGGCCAGCACGGACUCGACCUGUGCUACGCAUACGAGGGAACGUUCGACGCGUAUCCGUCGAUGUCCUUCCACUUCGCUGCGGUGGGGGGCGAGGGCGACGUUGAGCUGGGGCUGCUGAAGGAACGGCUGUUCAUGGUGCUUCCAGGCACAUUCUGCUUGGCGCUCGGCGCUUGGGAUGAGGAUAUGAGCGUGAUCGGCGCGGUGCAGCAGGCCAAUCUCCGGCUGAUCUACGAUCUGGGGGCGCAGCAGCUGCAGUUCGCCGACGCGAACUGUCGUCAAGCAUGA